CUUCUGCCCAUGCGUGCGUUGGGCGCCUUUUGGGAUUGACAGACAUUGCUGAAAUCCUCAUCGUCCAAGGGCUGGCUCAUCGUCGUCCUUCUCUCCGCACACACGCAACCAUGUACUCCCGCAGCCUGCUAUCCACCGCCGUGCGUUGUGCGCCGCCAAAGGCACAGCUGCGACGCUUCUUGGCUGCUCGUAACGCGAGCACAUUGGUCCUUGUCGAGCACAAGAACGACGCGCUGGUCUCCUCUACGUUGAAUACCAUCUCGGCUGCCAGCAAGCUCGGUGGUCCAGUGACCGCCCUGGUUGCAGGCAAUGCGCCUGACAACGUCGCAAAGGCGGUGAAGAACGUGAAGGGGGUGGAGAAGGUCCUGGUCGCCAAACACGACGCAUACAAGAAUGCGCUUCCCGAGAACCUUGCGCCUCUGAUCGUCGCGGCCGCCAAGGCUGGAAAGUUCACCCACGUCUUGGCUCCACACACCGCUUUCGGAAAGAACGUGCUUCCGCGUGCCGCUGCGAUCUUGGACGUCAACCAAAUAUCCGAUAUCACCGCCGUCAAGGGAGAGGACACAUUUGUCCGCCCAAUCUACGCCGGAAACGCUGUUGCCACGGUAAAGUCGAAGGACCCCAUCAAGCUCAUCACAGUGCGUCUUUCCGCUUUCCCCGUCGCUGAGACUGGAGGCUCUGGAUCUACUGAGACCGCCCCAUCUGCUGAUGUUGCGUCAACAACAGAGUGGUUGAAGGAGGACAUUGUGAAGACGGACAGGCCUGAACUCACGGGAGCCAAGGUCGUCAUUGGAGGAGGUCGUGGUAUGAAGAGUGGCGACAACUUCAAGCUUCUCUACGAUCUCGGAGACAAGCUCGGAGCGGCUGUUGGUGCCUCCCGUGCCGCCGUAGACGCUGGAUUCGUCAGCAACGAUCUUCAGAUCGGACAAACCGGAAAAAUCAUCGCGCCUGAGCUUUACAUUGCUGUCGGUAUCUCCGGAGCCAUCCAGCACUUGGCAGGGAUGAAGGACUCGAAGUGCAUCGUCGCCAUCAACAAGGAUGCCGACGCACCCAUCUUCCAGGUGUCGGAUUACGGACUCGUUGCGGAUCUCUUCCAGCUAAUCGACGUUCCCAAGGCCGUCCCCGAACUCACCCAGAAGCUGUAA